CUUCCUUCCCAUAAUCCAGGACACCUGGUAAUUUUUCUUGGUAUUUUUAUCCGACAUCUUUGUGUUUGCAUGAGUAAUUUAAGUGUAUUGCCAGUCUUGUGUUUGAACUUUGAAGUGUUUGAAUGAUGCCUGAAUUCGCGAUGUAAUACGUUGUGAGUCUCUGUGAUUACUAACAACAGUGGAGCGGGCCUGUUACAUGGUCAGAGUUCCCUUUGCUGCUCUUUUGCUGUUUACUGAGCAGUUCUUGAUGGUGGCGGUGCAUGGUCUAGAGCCUGAGAAGUGACCAUAACUCGGGAAAUGUUGGGCUGAUAUGCAAGUAAAGGAGAUAUGCUAACAACUGACGCAGAACUAGAACCAGAGGUGCCUCCCACAAGUAAAACUGCACCUCGCAAAACUAGAUACCGUAUGAGCACUAUCAAAUUGUUUGGGGUGGAUUUAUCUCCGGAUAAUAUUGCUGUUGCAAUGGUCUAUUUUGUUCAAGGUGUUUUGGGACUUGCAAGACUGGCCGUCAACUUCUACUUAAAAGAUGAUUUACAUCUGGAUCCUGCUGAGACAGCUGUGAUUACCGGGUUUUCUUCAUUACCAUGGCUUAUCAAACCUCUUUAUGGGUUUAUUAGUGAUUCUGUCCCACUUUUUGGCUAUCGGAGAAGGUCAUACUUGGUUCUAUCAGGGCUACUUGGUGCUCUCUCAUGGAGUUUGAUGGCUUCUUUUGUUGACAGCAAAUAUGAUGCUGCUUUUUGCAUACUUCUUGGCUCUCUUUCUGUUGCCUUCUCAGAUGUUGUUGUAGAUUCAAUGGUUGUGGAGCGGGCACGUGGUGAAUCACAAAGUACCUCAGGAUCUCUGCAGUCUUUAUGUUGGGGUUCUUCUUCUUUUGGUGGAAUUGUGAGCGCUUACUUCAGUGGGUCUCUGGUGGAAACUUAUGGCGUAAGGUUUGUUUUUGGUGUCACGGCAUUGCUUCCACUGAUAACAUCUGGAGUUGCUGUUCUUGUAAAAGAACAACCCAUGCAUGACUCCGCAAGAGGGAAAAGUCUUCCUUUGGCCAAUCCUGCUUUUAUGGAAAGCUCAAAACAGAAUAUUAUUCAGCUGUGGCAUGCUGUGCGACAGCCCAAUGUUCUCCUUCCCACCUUGUUUAUUUUCCUGUGGCAAGCAACUCCGCAAUCUGACUCUGCUAUGUUCUAUUUUACCACAAAUUCCCUUGGAUUUAACCCAGAAUUUUUAGGACGUGUUAAGCUUGUUACCUCAAUUGCAUCCCUGCUUGGUGUUGGACUGUACAAUGGUUUUUUGAAGAAUGUAUCCUUACGGAAAAUAUUUCUAGUAACUACCGUUGUAGGUUCAGCUCUUGGGAUGACUCAGAUUGUCCUGGUCACUGGACUAAACCGGAAGUUUGGCAUUAGUGAUGAGUGGUUUGCAAUCGGGGAUUCUUUAAUUCUCACUGUUUUGAGUCAGGCAUCCUUCAUGCCCGUUCUUGUCCUAGCGGCAAGACUGUGUCCCGAGGGAAUGGAGGCCACACUUUUUGCAACUCUUAUGUCCAUAUCUAAUGGAGGGAGCGUUCUUGGAGGCUUGAUAGGUGCUGGUUUGACUCAAAUAUUUGGCAUUACCAAGGAUAGAUUUGAUAAUUUGGCCGCUUUGAUAAUCCUUUGCAAUCUUAGUUCAUUAUUGCCUCUGCCUCUUCUUGGCCUCCUUCCUGGGGAUGACCCUGAUGCUAAUUUAAAGGACAAUGAUGAUGAUAUUGAGAUGAAGUCUAAUUGAUUCGGUUUGUCAUUGUUUGCCUUCGGCCCUCCUGGGGUUUGCGAAAGCUCUUUCCCAGUUUUGGUCUUUUAUAUGUUUACAAACUCAAAUGAUGCGGUUUAUGUACCAGAGAGGAGGGGAUAAUAGAUAAUGUGUAUAUAAAGUCACUUGUCAAGGAAGGUUCUCUUUCUGCCCCUGCUUGUUUUGGAAGCCUCUGAACAUGAGAACAGAGUCCACCUUUAGCUAA